AUGUCAUACCCAUGCCACAUACAAAACCUUACCGGCCCUCUAGAAGCUGCUACUUGGCUCUCAUCGGAUAUGGACAGCACUAUCACGUGGAGAUUAGAGACGAAGCUUGUCCAAUCAAAUAUGGGAGCAUCAGAUUCGAAGCUUGUGUUUAAGAAGGGCAUAUUCCGACUCUCCGAGGAUCAAGUAAUUCCGGCAGAUGAUCCCUACUGGGCUUCUUUCUGGGAGCUGCCCGAAUCUCCCGAAGAUAUAUUCAGCCUCUUUUCCCCAAACGAUAUCAGGAGGACUCGGGACACCUCACUGGAAAAUCUGGAAACACUUAUACUAGCUAUAACGAGUCGCCUCUUUAUUCUCAGAAACCAUCCUUCAUUUCCGGAUGCAGAAUUUGCCCCUGAAAGAGACGCACUAAAUUGUGUGAGGAUACUUACAAGAAUACUGCCAUUUAUUUACGAAUCAGAGUCGCUUCGGGAAUGGGAAGACAAAUUCUUUUGGGGUGUGCGUAAAAAACGUACAAGGAAAGCAGCAUUGGCUAGAGAUGUCCUCUUUGAUGAAUCCCCGGAAGAACUUGCCAAGCUUGAAGCUGCCGUAGAAGAAUUUGAGGUUGUCAAGCCGUUAGCAGAGGAACUAAUCGAUACACUAAUUGAUAUGCUCUUUUUCGUGGAUUUCGCCCUCCCAAGGACAGCUGGUAACAAUAACAAGGUCACGUAUGCUAUAUGGCAGAGUGGAGUGGGCUGUAACAGCUCAAUUGGAACAAACAAAGAGUUUGAGAGCAAUAGAACGGAGAUCUUAAGGCUGCUCUUAACUUUAACUAGUCAGAGCAUGUAUUUGCCUGCAAAUCUACUCCCGGUUAAGGGGGUGAAAUCUAUAUCAUACAUCGUUACAUGCCCCGAUAAGCAGGUCGUUUUGUCAGUGCUAUGCUCGCUACUAAAUACUACCCUCAAAUAUAAUCCAGUCUCAUGGCGGGUGCCGUAUAAUGUGCAGGUGUUCCGAGACCCAAAGCAAAUACUAGUUACCUAUGCUCUUCAAUUUCUACUUGUUAUUCUGCUGUAUCCAAUACCAGAAGGCGAUCCAACAGAGGGCAAAAAGAACUUUUUUCGCCAUUUUCUUGGUCGUUUGCAUCGGCCCCAAGAUUUCCAAUUCAUUGUCGAUGGAAUGAUCAGAAUACUCAACCAACCACUGUUAGCUAGCACUUCCUAUAUACCAGGAAGCCAACAUCAAACAAAACUAACUUCUGAGAUGAUAAUGCUUUUCUGGGAAAUAACUCAGUGUAACAAACGCUUUCGAUCGUUCAUCAUCGAUACUGGUCGCUCACAUGACUUUCUUGUACUAAUUGUCUUCUACUCUAUCGAAUUUAAAUCGGAUAGCUCAAGACAAGGAAUUGUGCGUAUGUGUGUAUUUUUAUUACAGACUUUGAGCGUUGAACCGAAUUUCGGAAGAAACCUUCAUAAAAGAUUUGAGGCACAAGAAACAUUACCACCCACGAUUCGCUUACAAAACUUCAGCGGUACCUAUGCUGAUUUCCUUAUCCACUCCAUUUACAACAUCAUCACUACUAGCAAAGGAAAACUUGCCGCGAUAUAUCCAGCGCUUCUCGCUGUGAUUAAUAAUAUUGCUGCAUACCUUGAAGGUCUCAGCUUUACUGCAUCUACGAAGCUUCUUCAACUCUUUUCGUCAAUGUCAUCACCUGGAUUCUUGCUGGCCAAUGAUUCCAACCACUGUCUACUUCAAUCACUUCUUGAAAGUAUCAAUGCUAUUAUUGAACAUAAAUUUAGUAAAAACCCAAAUCUAGUCUACGCUAUUUUGCGUAACAAAAAGCGAUUUGAAGCCCUCAGGUCCUUUACACUUGAAAGCGGCCAAGAAGAAAUAUCCCGUUUAGCGCGGCAACGUAAAGAACGCGCAAAUUCUGCUACUGAGCCAUAUGCUUCAAGUCGUCGAAAUUCUUCAGAUAGUAUACGUAGUCCUUCAGUCAAUCAUGCACGUGCAUCAGCACUCAGUGAUGUACCAGAAGAAGAGGGUGAAUUUGCCAUUGGUUCUGAUGAUGAUGAAGAUCAUGAUGACGGGAGCCCUACGCCUACUACCAGUUCAUCCAAAAAUACUAAAACUCACUCCAGAGUAUCCAGUAUUGCAUCUGAAUGUGAUGAUGCAUUGCCAAUUCAGUUACGAGGAAUGUCGGAAAAGGCGAGAGGCAAGAUGCCUGCUGGUGUGCCUUCUUUCUCUCGGCAAAACAGUAUCACUUCACUCUCUUCGUACAGUAUUAAUAAUACUGGUAGUCUCGAUUUUGAGCCAACGUCAGAUUGGGUCGCUUCCUGGGUUUCUGAGCUUCCACUUCACACUAUUCUCCAUAUAAUUAAUCAUUUAUCUCCACUAUUUCCACCAACUACCCGCUACGCAUCAGAUUUUGUCCCAAUCAGUGACAUUGCAAAGAUUCAGGCAGCGGUCAUUGCGGGCAUAGAACCGUCGCCAAUCCGAAUGCAAUACUUUGAAUGGUCUGCAUUAAGUUUAGGAUGGUAUGAAAGUUUACUCUGGGGAUUUGUGUAUGUUUCUGAGCUACAGAUAUCGAAAGGAACUGUGGGAGUCUGGAGUGGAACAGUUGUCAAAUUAUUUCGUGUCGAAAACACAGCUGCUGCCGGUCCAAGUCUCAGCUCUCCCAGAGGUGCGGUCGAUGCAGUCGGUAGCAAUAUCGUAUCAAGAAUUGGAGGACUUAAUCUUCGUCGAGUUAGUAGUGUUGGGCUUGAUAUUAAUCGAGAGGAACGGCCGCCAGUCAGUCGGACCGGGACUGGCGAUGGCCAGCGACCAGGUCUGGUUAAUCUAAGGGGCUCCAUUUAA